AUGCCCACGCCCCCGCUUCCGGUACUCCACGCGCUGCUGUCGCUCCUGGGCCUGUCGUCGAUCCAGCCCGCGUCGCUGCGCAGCGUGACCCCGACGCUCCUGCUGCUCGUCCUCGAGUCGCUCCUCGGCCGCCGUCUGGCCCUCGCGCCGCGUGUCCGCCGCCCGACGUCCCGCGCAGACGAGCACGCGCUCGCGCAGGUCGUGCUGGGGUCUAUUGCGGGCGACGUGCUCGCGCUCGACUUGAGCGUUGUCGACCCCGGCCGCGUGUGCCAAGGCCACACACCAGACAUCGCAGUCGUCAUCAUGGCCCUCGCCGUCAUUGCGCGCCGCCGCGGCCUGCCCCUCCGCCUGCCGUCCGAGGAGCCCGAGGAGGACGCGACGAGCGAAGCCGACACGUCCCUCCUCCUCGAGGACGAGGACUCGGUGCGGGCCCUCUCGGCCGACCACGAGCCACUGCAGCCGUCCCACUGGGUCAGCCCAGACAUGUACGCGACGCCGCCGCAGGCGAUCGCGAGCCUACCGAGUCCAGCACGGCGCAAGGAGGAGUAUGAGGACGAGUACUCGGUCUUCGACCCGCUGUACGGCGCCGACGCGGCGUCGGAAAGCCACUCGCCAACGCCGACGCCGCUCGCGCCACCAUCCCCGCCCCAGUCUGUAUCGUCCGCCUCGACGCGCUCGCACUCGUCGUACCGCGCCCGCAGGCAGACGGUGCUCGAGCACAUGAUUGAGGAGUUUGGCCUCGACCCGGUGUGAUAGACCCCGCGCGCCGCUCCGACGUGCUGCGAACUACAAGCUGGCGACGUCAGCCUCGCGCCGCCGAGAGAGGUGCCUUGCACCUCCUCCCCCUCAAGGGCGAAUCGCCCUCGCCUCCCUGCUCGAGAAGCCGGCGCGUCAUAUGGGCCAGGCCUCACGAAAGUGCGCGUGAAGCCUCUCACGGCUAGCAUCUGCCUCGCCGCUUACGACGGCGCUGUAGCCCCCUAAGCGGCGCCGUGGGUGACACCGAGUGUCGACUCGGCCUCACGAUCGCGGAGACGCCGGCGAGCACCGCGUUCCUUGGCUGCCUGCUGCUCCUCACAAACGCGAUGUGUAUGACAGCAGGCUGACUUGACCACCUACAUCCCGUAGACCACCUACAUUCCGUAGACCAUACUGCAU